UAUUAGAUAGGGUUUCUUUUUCAUUGACAGCGUUGCUAACGGAAUUAUGAGACUUGUUCAUUGCUACGGGGGCUCUCGAGUAGUUGUAUGUAUUUAAUGCAUGAUAUUAGUUUAUAGAAGCCUCUACAGAGCAGAUGAGAAUCAUCAUGAAUUUGCGGGUAUCUCUGCUUGUCCUUUCGGCGAUGUGUGCACUUAGUUUCGGCACCAUCCCUGGUGAGUUUGGAUCUCUGGCUGAGAUGGAGGAUCUCCUGUUGAGGAACCUGUUCCAGGGGUACCAGCGCUGGGUCCGGCCCAUCCAGCACGCCAACGACACGGUCACAGUACGCUUCGGACUCAAGAUCUCACAGCUGGUGGACGUGGAUGAGAAGAACCAGCUGAUGACCACUAAUGUGUGGCUGUGGCAGGAGUGGAUAGAUUAUAAACUGCGAUGGAACCCUGAGGACUAUGGUGGGAUCACAUCGAUCAGAGUUCCAUCUGAGACCAUCUGGCUACCCGACAUCGUGCUCUAUGAGAAUGCUGACGGGCGGUUCGAGGGCUCCCUGAUGACCAAAGCCAUCGUUAAGUCCAACGGUAGGAUCACGUGGACCCCUCCGGCCAGCUACAAGUCAGCCUGCACUAUGGACGUCACCUUCUUCCCCUUCGACAGACAGAACUGCUCCAUGAAGUUUGGCUCCUGGACCUACGAUGGUAACAUGGUGGACAUGAUCCUGUUAGAUGACUAUGUAGACAGGAAGGACUUUUUUGACAACGGAGAGUGGGAGAUCCUGAACGCCACGGGGGCCAGAGGAAACCGGAGGGACGGGAUGUAUUCCUUCCCCUUUAUAACGUACUCUUUCAUUCUGAAACGUCUCCCGCUGUUCUAUACACUCUUUCUUAUUAUUCCGUGUCUCGGUCUGUCGUUCCUGACCGUGCUGGUGUUCUAUCUUCCAUCGGAUGAAGGGGAGAAGCUCUCUCUCUCCACCUCCGUCCUUGUGUCGCUCACUGUGUUCCUCCUUGUCAUAGAAGAGAUCAUCCCAUCUUCCUCCAAGGUCAUCCCCCUCAUCGGGGAGUACCUCCUCUUCAUCAUGAUCUUCGUCACCCUCUCCAUCAUCGUCACGGUGUUCGUCAUCAAUGUGCACCACCGUUCCUCGGCCACCUACCAUCCCAUGUCCCCCUGGGUUCGCUCCCUCUUCCUUCAGAGGCUACCUAGGAUGCUGUGCAUGCGGGGCCACACUGACCGGUACCACUACCCAGAGCUGGCGCCGGAGAGCCCCGAGCUGAAGCCCCGGUCUGGGGGCCUUAAAGGGGGUCAGAGGGCCAGCAGUGGGACCCAUGGACAGAGUCCUCUGGAGGGGAAGGAGGAUGAGAGUCAGGCCUGGGUCACCAUGCUGGAGAGAGCUACGUACUCAGUGCGCUACAUCAGCCGCCAUAUACGCAAGGAGCACUUUAUCAGAGAGGUGGUCCAGGACUGGAAGUUUGUGGCUCAGGUUCUGGACAGGAUCUUCCUGUGGGCCUUCCUCACUGUGUCUGUCCUGGGGACCAUCCUAAUCUUCACCCCUGCCCUGCAGAUAUUCCUUAGUACCCCUCCCCAGUCAGGACCCAGCACCCCCCUCUAACUCAGCCCCCUCCCCAGUCAGGACCCAGAAACCCACCUCUAACUCAUCACCCUCCCCAGUCCAGACCCAGCACCCUCCUCUAAUUCAUCACCCUCCCCAGUCCAGACCCAGCACCCACCUCUAACUCAGCACCCCCUCCACAGUCCAGGCCUGAGGUCUGGACACCCUACCAACAACUCAACUCUGACCCCUAGUCUGGAUCUAUAGCCCCCUCUAUAUCUCCAGUUUCUCCUGAGCUUUUCAGCCAACUGGCUAUGGUCAGCACAGCCAACCCCCUACAGUUGAGCUAUGCCAUGCCUUCCCCUGCCACACCUUGUGUCAGAAUAGCACAUCACCAUUCUAGAGCAGUUAUGCUAUAGAGCCUUUACCUAUAUUUACAUAUGACAUUGUCCUUAUGACAGAAUUCACUCAAUGUACAGAAAAUGAAUGACGAAGAUAAUUAGAAAGGUGUUCAAAGUUUGUAUCAAAGCCACAAUAGGAUGUACAUUCUAAAGCACAAACAUUGACUGAAAUACUUUGAAUUAGUGUAAUAUUUACAAUAUAUUCUCUGUAGUUACUGUAGGUACUAAUAACAUUAUACUCAGUUCUUCUUAUUAUACUCCUCAAAACCGUUAUCGCCAGAGUUUUUGCCUUGUGACCCAAUUAUUGUGAUCUUAGUUAGUGUAACUUAGUUUUGUCUGUGAGUAGAAUGGUGGCGGCAUCCAGGCCACUGAUUGGACGAACAGUUCUAUUUGUGGUGAUUCGUGGAGGGACCUCAUUAGCUAGGAAUUGUUUGGGUUCUGUUUUUUGUUUUGGGUGUUGUGUCCUUUGUGACUUUUAUUUCACAAUUGUUUGGGCACUUCAUCAACUAGUUAAUUAUAAUCAGUUAUUAUUCAGGUACAAUGAAUAUUGACAAAAAAAUCCCCCCGCAGAUGUCCAGCCACUUAUGUGAUUACUGUUAAAUGAGUAUGAUGGGUAACACAGUGAAUCAAACUCUACAAACCAUAUUUUUGA